UCUAACUUUAGUCUCAGCAAGCUUCGUUUUCACUCCUUUAUUUUCAGCCCAUCGCUUUUAAUAACGGAUUCGUGGGUGUUUUCCUCACGAACGUGUCAACGAGAUGCAUGUUUAAUGAGGUCUCUGGUGAUUUAAAUUGAGUUCGAUCCGCAGUUUUCUUCCCUCCAUUUUUGUCGCGGUGGAUCUUGGGGGAUUCUGAAGUUGUGCAUGGCGUCGGCUGCGUCUUGGUCCAGUUUGGAGGCAUAAAGCGAGAACAUGACCGUGAGGAACAAGAGACCGACUCGCUGGUGAACCGAGCCGCGCUCUUCAUCAGAACCCGAGGUCCAAACAGCCGAGAGAGCAGCACCGAGCAGGCAGCUGCAGAAGAGAAAGGGAAAACUGAGGUGAAAUCAUCUGCUUGUCUCCAGUUCCUGCACAACAAUGGGCAACCACAACGGCAAGGAUGGACACUUGCCGACAGGUUCUUCUCUAGAUUUCUUCCAGACUCCGCCCACCACACCGUCUGAGGGGAAGCUGGCAGCGCUGGCGGUCUCCACCGCCAUCUCCUCCAGCCGAGUGCAGGCUGCCUCCCUUCCGUCCCCCAUCACCGACUGGGCGCAGAAGCUGCCGGCGCCGGCUGAGUGGGCUGUGAUCAGCUGCGACGUGACCUCGGAGGGCGGCGGAGGGCCGGCGCGGGGCAGGAAAGGUCGGGGCUGCCUGGCCUCCCUGCCGUCCUCCCGGGGGUCUCCCUCCGAGCAGAGCUGGCAGGAACGAGACAGCGGCCUGGGCGCGGCGGUGGCGGACGCCUCGGGAGACGAGAUGAGCUUGGUGUUCCUGAGUCUGAUGGAGCACUACAGGAGCUCGCUGGGUCCUGACGCCAACACUGACGCCGCCGCCGGAGCCGUGGAGCUGCUCAGACGUCUGAUCUCAGAAAGAGACGAGCUGUCGGAGGAGGUGCUCGCCCUCAGGGACACGCUGAAGUCGGAGAGGUCCGAGUGGCAGCAGUUCCAGUGUGACCUGCAGACAGCCGUGUCCGUGGCCAACAGGCUGCGGGUGGAGUCGGAGCAGAGCCGCAGGGGGGCGGAGGAGCAGCUGGCCCGGACCCAGAGGGAGCUGGAGGCUCUGAGAGCGGAGCACAGCGACACCUGCAGGCGACUGAUCCAGCUGCAGCAGCAGACUGAAGAGGCCGAGGAGCAGCAGCAGCAGCAGCAGCAGCAGCAGCAGGAGGAGGAGGCGGUGGGGAAGGAUGGCGGAGUGGAAACAGCAGACGGAGCAGAGAGCCUGCAGCUGACGGGGAAGGGGGUCGCCGAGGGCUACAUCCGGAGUCUGGCAGCACAUGAGAAGAAGCGGGAGCAGAGAGAGCCCAGAAGGACUGUGCUGCCCGAGAGGUCCUGGAGUCUCUCCAGAAUCCCCACCGACGCCUUCAGCCAGAGGCACCACUCGCUGAGCACCAGCACCACGUUACCUCUGUGCAAGAAGGAGGAGCCCAAGCGGAGCAGGAGGUCCGACCAAGGUCUGCUGCGGCAGGACAGCUGGUCCAGCUUCUCCGCCGGUAAACCCGAGCAGGAGCAGAACCCGGACCCCGGCAGACCUCAGGACGGGUUCAGCGCUCUGCUGCGGCGCCACGGCGGCUCCAGGAGGAACUCGCUGCUGCGCUGGAGCCAGACUCGAACCGAUGGCUACCAGAACAUCGAGGUGACCAACUUCAGCAGCAGCUGGGAGGACGGCCUGGCCUUCUGCGCCCUCUAUCACUCCUACCUGCCCGAGCGGGUGCCCUACCUCAGCCUGGACCCGGCCUGCAAGAGGGAAAACCUGGACUUGGCCUUCACCACGGGACAGUCAGUGGGGAUCCCCGCGACACUGACGGCCGAGGAGAUGCUGAAGCCCGGCGGACCGGACUGGCAGAAGGUUCUGGACUACGUGGAGAGCAUCUUCCGUCACUUCGAGGUGUGAGGCGAGGAACCGCCUCGGAACACUGUUGACUUUUAGACAUUUAAUGGAGCGACACGCUUGAACGUUCAUUCACUUCCUGGUGGCUGCAUGCGUCCUGGAUUUGCACCUUUACUACGAGCACUUUAACUACCGUGGCAGUUUUAUUUCCUUUUAGACGGACGUGUGAGAAGGUUGGGCACUUGGUUUUAAACCGCAUCUGCUGCUGCGCACAGACACCCCCACGACACUGAUGCCUGUUUUAGCCUCGGUCUUAUUUAUAUACCUGUGAAAACAUUUUACGUCAUGUGUGAACAUCAAGGUUGCAUUAAUAAAGUUAUUCAUGUG